GCAUGAUUCAAAAGAGUCUUACACUGGCGUAAAACAUCACACAAAGGCGUUGGUGCAAAAACAUUAUCAAUCAUGCUACUUUUCCAGUACUCUCUCUACGUGGCUCUGUUCUCCACCUUCGGUAUCGCUAUUGCGAACCUGGGCAUCACAGGUUAUCUGCUUGCUCUAGUACGGGAUCCAAACACUGCAAGGCGUCAAUACUAUGUCCUAGUGAAUCCCGUGCUCCGUGUACUCUCACCAAUGAGCAUUUUGCCAGGGUGGAUUCUCGAGGAGAGUUCAUGGUUCACUCUGGCAACAUCAAUGAUCACCAUCGUUGAUAUACCAAUAAUCGGGUUCGUCCUCUGGCGGCGACAGCGUCUGGGGAGCAACGACAGGUCCGACAAACGAUACUUCGCAUGGUUGGCCAUCUGUUGUCUUGUUACCAUCAACCUGAUCAUGAGCAGCUCUGCGUUGGCCUGGACCGCUCGCGAGAACCAUGGGUACCAUGAUCUUGAUCCGAUAACUGAGGGUUUUGAUAUCAACGCACCAACCUUCGGGCCAUACUAUCGAUACACCAGCUCGGUUGGGUUUACUCUUGCAUCGUUCAGCUGUUCCCUCGCCGAGGUGGCAGUCGGAGAGGACACCUAUGCUCAUCACUUGUGUCAUAUCGCAAGAACUCCGUGCAAGUUUCUCAUUGCUCAAAUAGCUUUAAGUGGAGCAGUAUUACUGCUGGCAAUAGGACUUUGGAAAUUUCCAAAUGUUGACUCGAUAAUUGAUGGGCCAGAAAAAGCGUCAGGAGAAACAAAAGCAAUUGGUAUCACAUGCGAGGAGACGGAGAUGGGGUCGAAUCUUGCAACAGCACGACGAGUAUCGGGAACUUGCAGGCGCACUGACUGAUCUCUAAUGGUUAUAAGAGCAUGAGAAGUGUUUCUGAAAAUACGAUCGGUCACAUUGCCAACAGUUGUUGUUGUUGUUGGGGAACAGAAUGUCGAGAAGGAAAGAGGUUUGGGUCAUUCACGCGCAUCAUGAGCGCGACUUCCCCAAAUCGACGUCAUCGAGUGUCGGAUUUCAAAGAGCAACUCGAUAGUUUCUGCCAUCCACAACUCAACACCACC